AUGUCGUAUUUCAAUGAUGAUGAUCAUAAACCUAGCCGUUAUCAUACAAAGUGCACAGGAGAAAUUGAGAAAUCAGAGAAGGUACUACCUUGGUUGGACAUGAAGAGGAGUGAUUUGCAGAUGAAGGAAAUUGCCACUCUGAUUAGACAAACAAGAAGAAAUCAAUUGCUGAAGAUGAUUAAUACGACUAAUUCCGAAGCAAAUUGUUACAUUCCCAAAAUUCGAAAUUUAAUUAAUCAAAUUCCUGAUGAAGUGUAUACAAUACACAUCUUUCCGUACUUGAAAGUUGAGAGCUUGGCUGGAAAGUGCUCAUUGGUAUGCAAAAAGUGGUUUUCCAAUGUUCAAUUAGCUCACGUUUCGAUCAAUAACUUUGAUAAACUUGGAUGGAAAAGAGAAAAGCAUCUCUCCAAUAUUGUGAAAUCAUUUAAAUGUCUUGAAAGUUUAGUGGCAUUUCAUGGAGGAAAUGAGGAUUAUAGUUUGAUUAGAUUCCUUAGUGAGAAUGCAACUAGUUUGAGAAAAUUAGAAUUGAGUGGAAACUCGUUUAAUCAAGGUCAUAUUGUGACUAGAUAUAUAACGAAUGGGAAAUUGAACAAUUUGGAAGAAUUGGCAUUCAAAGACUAUGAAUUGGAAGAGAGGGGAAUACUGCAUCUCACUAAACAUGAAUCUUGCUUGAAGAACUUAACGAGUCUGGAAAUUUCGGAUAAGAAUAUUGGAAAGCACUUGGCACAUUUGAGUGUUUUGGAAAAUUUAAAAUCACUAACAAUUUCAUAUUGCAUUAGUGAUGAGAAGGUAAUUGAAACAUUGUGCAAUGGUUUGAAGAAUUUGGAGAAACUUUCUCUUUCCUUUAACACACCAACAGUUGAUCCAAAAUGUUUCAAGCACAUUGCCAAUCUUUCCAAUUUGAAAUAUUUUCACACCACUUCAAUGAGCAAUGAAUCUGCUCAAUAUCUAUCGAGUGGAAAGUUGACAAACCUCAAGACCCUUUCAUUACUAUUUGUAACAAUGGAAGAGGGAGUGUUGGAAAGUUUAUUCUCUGGAAAUUUAAAUGAAAUAACCUGUCUACACUUGAAAUAUUGUACAUUUGCAAGCAUGAAACCAAUUGCAACCAAUCUCCACUCUCUCACAACAUUAGAAAUUUCUACUGGUAAUGAUUCUCCACUCCUAUUACACGAACUUUCAGUGGCAAAUUGUAAACUUUUAAAUUUUCAAUGUUAUGCUCACUCUGGUUUUACACCACUUUACAAUUUCAAUUCUCCUACAUUUUCAUCUCUGAAAGUUUUAAAUUUAAGCCAAACUUCAAGUAUUGGCAAUCAGUUGAAUGAGUUAUUGCAAGGUAAACUCAUCCACUUGCAAGAUUUGAAUUUGAAAUUAACAGGAAUCACAGACGAGGAUUUGAAAAGUAUUCGGAAUGCCAUUAAUCAAACUCCAGAAACAGAAGAGCAAUCAUUUGGUCAACUAACUCGAUUGAAUCUUUCACUGAAUAAGAUUGGAGAUGAAGGUUGUAGAUACCUCAGUGAGUGUCGUGGCUUGUACAAUCUAAGGAAGCUGCAAUUGAAGAAUAAUAGAAUUGGAGAGGAGGGAAGUAAAUACUUGAUAGUAUUUGCUUUGGCCAGACCAAAGUUUACCAAUUUGCAAGGUUAUUCUCUCCUUGCCAAUGAUGAUGAUUAA